AUGGAUGCUGAGUUCCAGACGAACGAAAGCCUUCAAAACUCGUUUUCUGGCGUGAAUAAUUCUGGAUUCGGUCCUGGCGAUCCAAACGUACUGUUUAACCAAAUGGCAAGCAAUAGCACCUUGGCCCCGGACCCAGAUCAGAUGAACCAUACUGCGACGCAGGGGCAACAAAACCCUACUGGCGGGGGAACGACUAGCCAAACAUCAACCACGACGAGUUCAGCAAAUGCGCGUCCAUUCAAGAAGCAGAAGCCUCGUAAGAAAAAAUCAGACAUCCCAGCACAAGUUUCUGAAAAUUCGACAUCGAACGAGGGUCGCGAGGGUCGCAACCCAACCACCAAUACCACUGCAUCAGACCCCCACCCUUCUAGUAACCGUCCACGCGGAGAAGCUACCACAUUUCAAAAUGAAGAUAACCCAAACCUUUCAGUCUCUCGCAACCGACCAUCUCUCCCAAACAAUCUGAUGAGUAGCCUGCAGAAUGAAACUCUCCUUGGACUUCGAAUCGCUCAGAACACCGUUGGUCAAAACAAACGAAUCACCAAUCAAAUUAAAGAUCAGCUCAAAGAAAUCACCUUAGAAUAUCAACGCAAGAUUCACCUUCUAGCUUUAGAGCAUAAGAUCCGAUCAGAGCUUCUUUUCAAAUGGGUGGGUGUGUGGAACAAGGUCCGAGGCCCCAACAGGUUCAAUAACUUCUGCCGGUACGCUGCAGAAGCUCGAAAACUUUUUGAUUCAAAGCUGCUACCCCCUGCUGAGAGAAUGCAACAGGUUGCUGAACGAUGGAGGCAACUUGACGAGGAUGAACAAUUGAAGUAUAACGACUGGGAUUUCAUCAACUCACUUCGUGAAAAAAUGGGACUGAAACCUGUCGAGGAUCCUGAAGAGAUUGAGGAUGAGGAUCAAGAGCAGGCAAGGGAGCUGGAACAAGACACUACAGGUGGGCCAAAGAAGACCGAUGCACAAGUUCUUUCUCAUUGUAAAGCUUGGGCUAAGAAGGCAGUCACCGAUAAGGGCCUCGGGAUGGAGGGAGAUAGCCCUGAACUUUUCAUCAGGAUUCUGAUGGUGUUACUCUCAUCACCUGAAAGGCGUGUCUUCAUCACCGGCUCGAGUUUUCUUGGUGCAGAUUACAUGCAACUUCUCAGCACCAAGGCUAAGAAAGCAAACGACAACGAUCCGUGGAGGGGGUUCCGAGUGUGGGCUGCGGGUUUGGGGGUGGAGGCAAACUUGCAUGACUUGCCAAUUGAGACGGUCUGUAAGAAACGAAAGCGAACUGCGAUUGAGGUGACAACAUCAAAUGUACCACGAAAAGGAAAGGGACCUUGGGACACGGGGCUCGCCAAAACAAACAAAAGUUCCAUGACCACUCAGCUCAAAGAGAUUCUAGCAAAAGCUUCGAACGGAGUUCGCACUAGUGGUUGGCCAGGUGAGAAGGCUUGGGAGGUCUUCAAGAACUUGAAGUUGAAGGUUAACAUUGCUCCGGAGGCAGUGAAGCUAAAGGAGGAGGAUCUGGUGGGAGUACAAUUUAAGAAUACAAGCGAUGGAAAAGUCGACAUUAUCCUUGAGGCCAUUUACAACAAGUGGCUCACUGUAAUCCCCAUUGAUGAAGGCCGUACCAACUUGGAGACUACCUCUUCAAACACCUCUGCAACUCGAAACUUGGCAGCUUUAAACAAUCCGAUUGCAAGUGAACAGGCAAUUGAUCCAAAUCUCAAUGAAGCAAGUUUGAAUGAUAGCACUGCCACAUCUACUUGA